GAGGCGCAGAGGCAGCUGCAGGCCGCACAGGAGCUCUCCGACACGAAGGCCGGCGAGGCCCUGGAGCGGCUCCGGGGCGAGCAGCGGGAUCUCCGAGCGCGACGCCGCGAUCGAGGCCGCAGCGGUGCGUGACAAAGAGGAACUGCGCGUCUCGGCCAGCGCUGCUGUUCAGGACCGAGUCGAAGAAGGAGUCCAAGCAGGAGUGCCAGCAGCUCAUCCACAGCUCGCUGGCGGCGCUCCGUGGCGAGCUGGACGCCCUCGAGGACGGACGGGCCCGGCUGGGCAGGGCGCUGGCGCAGGACGUGGGCGGCGUGCGGGCGCAGCUGCGCGAGGAGGCCUCCCAGCUGGAUCUCAAGGUCUCCGGCGUGCAGCGGGAGUUGCGGGAGGCCUGCGACGGGCUGGCCGCUCAGGCUCGCGCGGAGGCCGAGGAACUGAAGGAGGCCCUGCUGCCGGCCCUGGAGGCGCAGGGUCAGGUGACGGAGGCGCUGGCGAGCAAGCAACGGCUGCUGGAGGGCAGGCUGGAGGAGGGGCUCACGCGAGAGGGUACCAGACGCGACGAGCUUACGCAGCGCGCGUGCGACAUCGAGUGCGACCUGGGGAAGGUGAAGGCCCACCUCCCGAUCCUCUUCGCGCCUGCGCGCGCCUUCCGCUGA